AUGAAAAAGGAGUGGGAGGAAGUCGCGGAGGGUCGGCAGAAGCUCGAACAGCUGGAAACCGAGUCGGGAAUGCUGCGUUCAACCUUCGAGGACGACACGCUGACCUUGAACGUGGGUGGUUCGAACGUCGAUAUCAGUCGGGCGGAUCUACAGAGACUGCCGGCACUGUCUGAGGCGUGGAAGCUGGCCAAUCUGUUUGACAGCGACUGGGACGAGCGGCUCCCUCGAGAUGCGAACGGUCUCAUGGUGCUCGACGAGUCCCCCGUGUGCUUCAAGCACCUCGUCGACGCACUGGGGGGUGUCCUGCCUACUGACGAGCAGGCCUACCUCCCCUACGUCUCCAAUGCCCUGGGGGUACCUAGUCCUGCUCGAGUGCCGAGACGCCGGGUGGACAGCGAGGGAAGCGCGAUGCUGGGCAUCGGGGGUGAGCUAGACCGACUGGCGCGUACGGUUUUGGACUGGUGCCCUGGCAACCCGGAAAGGCUAGACCUGCUGUACCGUGCUUCCCGCGAUGGCUGGGAUACCAGGCAUUUCCACGCUCGGUGCGGAGAUGACAGCCCUAUGACUGUCACGCUGUACCGGUUAAACGACGCCAGCAAUCGCAAGGGUUUGAACUGCAGUGUGCUUGGGUGCUUCUCAAGUGUCCCCUGGACCCCCCCUAGUGACGGAUAUACGAAGCUCAAAUCCUCGCCCGGGGGAUUUGUGUUCAUCCUUACUGAUGGGUCACGCUCUUUCCGUCCGACAAAGUUGAAAGUACACCCGCACUAUGCUAAGAGAGGAUGUGGUCUGGUGGUUCUUGGUGAAGGCAGUAUGCCGUCCUUCCAUGUUGACUUGGAGGUGUUCCACGGAAAAGAACGCCAUCGAAGUUGUACUUCAGGCACAAACGCGAAGUAUCGCCUUUGGACUGACAGCGGCGCGUUCUAUGUGCCCGAGGGAUGUUCAUUCCUCAAAUACGAUGGGAUCGACGUGGCGGAAAUUGAGGUUUAUCGCGUGUGGUCGGCGGAGGAGGAGCGUAGCGACGACAUUCAUCGGUUCGGUGGCUCAAUUGCCGCGUCGUUCGAAGAGGAGCAUAAAGCGCUGCAUAAAGCUCAAAGCAAGCUUGUUGAGGCCACUGAGAAGGGUGCAGCAUCCGCAAGCGCCUUGGCCGCCGUGUACGGGCCAGGUGUGGCUUCGAACAGCAGAGAUCCUGUGGUGGACUUCAGCGUGCGUGGGUCGAGAACAACCACCAGGAUCACCACCCUGCGCUCUACCCUGCAGCUCUGCCCAUACCUUGUCGCCCGACUGGACCAGUCGAAAUGGACCGAGAACAAGGACAAACACGGGCGGUGGCUAAUCAAAGAUUGCAGCCCGGCUGUAUUCUCCAAGGUGCUCGACGUACUGCGAAUGAAGAAACGUGCAGGGUGGAUUGGCGGGGAAGUUAAGGCACACGUUGUCGUCAAGGCCACCGAUCGCGAGGCCUUCGAGCAGGCUGUAGGCAUGUACUUUCCGGGGUGCGAGAGGGUCAUCUUGGACCAUGUCGAGUUUCUCGGCGAGUCUGGAGCUGCCUGUUCAAGCACGGGCGCGAAUACCGCAAGUCAGAGAUCUGGAGACAGUUCUAGGAAACGUCAUCGACGGCACUAGGUUUUUUCGUUGUGCGAUUACGCAUCUGGGCUCUCCUGAGUAGACAUCGAUGUCUGUGUGGGACGGGGGGGUGGUGAUGGUGGGACUGCUCAAUUGGGAGAUUGGUGCACAUCCAUCUAUUUCUCGGACAGGGACAAUUAGUGGGUGAGGAUGUCUGGUGUUUGUGUCCGUCCUAUGCUUUCCUC